GACUCGCCGCGCGCCCGCAGUCCAUAACGCGCGCCCGAGCGACACACACGCUCCUGUAAUGCUAUAUUAUUAGUUCUACACGUGAAACACAAUGGAGGGGCUCCCCCCGCAAGAGGACGAGGGUAUUUCCACCGACCGCAGGCCCUCCACCGACGACCACGCCGAUCUCUCCGACUCGGCCUCUGACACGGGAUCGGGAAACGGCAAAGACUCCGGCUGCGAAGUUGCCGUUGAAACUCAGGAGCCCCCGUACACGCCUCCAGACGAAGAGCUCGCCAACAGAAUCGUGUCCCAAGUGGAGUUCUACUUCUCCGACGCCAACAUCACUAAAGAUGCCUUCCUGCUCAAACACGUCAGGAGAAACAAGGAAGGGUAUGUGUCGUUGAAGUUGAUAUCUAGCUUCAAGCGCGUCAAACACCUCACGAAAGACUGGAGAGUCGUCGCUGAGGCUUUGAAAAGGUCUACAAAGUUAGAAAUAAACGAGGCUGGCACAAAGUUGAGGAGGAUCGAUCCACUGCCGGCUUACGAUGAAACGACGCCGUCCAGGACUGUCGUGGCGGUGCGGAUGCCCAUCGACCGCCCCACUGUGGAGAAUGUGUCCAGGUUGUUCGCGAGUUGCGGCGAAAUCGCGCUCGUUCGCGUGUUGAGACCGGGAAACCCCGUGCCGGCUGAUGUGCGUCAAUUCCUCAACAAGAAUCCGAGUUUAGUUAACUGUGUGUGUGCGUUAGUAGAGUUUACUGAGUCAGAAUCCGCCAGGGAAGCUUUACGGCUUCAAGCAGGGGACGAGGAGGGUAUGAAAGUGUACGAAUUGAACGGAGUGCCUCGAGAGCCGAAGAGGAAGACCCCAGCACGUCGCCCGGCACAGCGCCGGCACGAGUGCGAGUAUUCCUCGUGCUGCAGUGGAUCCGAAGCAGAGUUUGAAUACAGAUAUACAACACCGUACUACCGGCGGAGUUCCAGUGGUUUCUUUGCGCCGCGUUCUCCAGAAAUCCAAACUUGGGUGCCGCGUCGGCCUUCCACCUGUAGUCACAGCUCGGAUUCAGGUGUGUCCUUCUACUGCAACUCUAGGCGGACGUCGCAAGUCAGCACCGGCAGCGCGAGUAGUGCUGAAGGCUGGCUUUCACGGAGAUUGUCAGGUUGUUCGUUAUCUGGUACGGAGUGUGGAGGAAGGCGAUUAUCGUGCGCGCCGAGGUUCGAGCCAAGGGCGCCUUUGGUUCCGGACGGGACGCGAGGCUUCCACGCCGCGGCGCGCCAGCGGCGGAUCUCGGACCUGGCGCUGUACUCGCGCUAGAAAGCGGCCGCCGACCGUGACACCUUUCUAAACAUUGAAUAACGCCUUUCACGUUUCGAUAGGAAGCGACCGUCCGAUUGUGAUCGUGUGCGCUCGCCAUUAGUCUAAGAUUUCCUUAUUUUCUCUCUUUGUACGCUGCGCGAAACGAAUACUUACCUGUUAUAAAAUUGAUAGUUACCUGCCUCGGUAUGUGUUCGUUUUGACGGUGAAUUGUGAUCGAUAAGCUCAUUUAGUUCUUAAGUAACACAGCUGUGUUUAGUUUGUAAAUUUGUGUAAUUUAUUAGAGUUUAUUUAUUUGUAUUUAUUGAUGAGUUGCGCGCGCGCGGCGGGGUCGAGUUUUCAUCAGAGUUAUGUUAGAGUUGUUAGCACAAACAAACAUACAAAAUCGACAUUAUGCGAUUGUAGACUCCACCAAGAAGCGAAGGCAGUAAACAUUAGAAAUUCAGAAGCUGCAUACGUAAUUUCAUAUGCUUGUUACAUAUUUAAAGUGGUUACGAUAAAUAUGUGCUGCUUUCAGAGCAUGAACAUUAUGUAACAUGCAUCUAAAUAACUCUCCUUUCAAAAAAUAAAUAACCUACUUCAAAGAGCAGCGGUUAUGUCAUCUGAAUUCAAUCCGAGUGUAGGUUUGCUGCGAAAAUGCUGCUUGGUUUUGGAUUCAAAUCCUAACCUAACUUUUUUAUAUAAAUUAUGAGAAAGAAAUAUUAAAACUAAUUAUUUUUUUUCUAGAAACAACGAUAUAUACUAAAAGAAUAAAAGUAUUUACUAUACGUUAAAAAACUAAUUAAAAAUAAAUCUACUGCAGAACUGUGCCCAACAAACAGACAAGCACGUCUCCCUAUAUCUCUUAUUCAGCAUUCUGUCGGUUAUUUCUAGGGAGAUAAUAGUUAUAUUCUUUAAUAUAUUUUUGCCUACCUAUUCUUCUCCACUUCGUACGCUCCUCAUUGUCUCUAGUUGUCAGACCAUUGACACAAUUUGUUUGCCUCUUUUGCCAGGGGCAUCUGUCAAAUAGAAAACAUAACCUAAUUUUGGAGUGGGUUAAAAUGAUCUGCCUCCUCACUUGGUCUAUAAGACCCCGUUUCGUUUGGGCGAACCUGACAAAUAAAAAAUUAAGUAAUAAGUCAGUCGCGCCAUUUUUUUUUAAGUUAGCUAUUAAGAGAUGUGAUGUAUGUACAGAAUUUUAUGAGAAAAACUAUCGUAUUUAUUCCGCGUCAUUGACGAGCCGGGAUUGUAAAUUUUAAUAUAAGUUUUUGGAGAA